CCCACUGCCAACAUUUUCCAGCUGCCUCCGCUUCCUCAAUCCGGCGCCAUAAAAGAGGCAGCGAAGCAGCGGCGGCCGCGUCCCAUCCGCGUGCGGUUCUGUGUCACCGAGGGCGCGAUGCUGAGCUCCCCGCUGCCCCCCAGGCCGCGCUGGCCCGCGCUGCUGGCCCUGCUGCUCCCCGUGGCCGUGGCUCAGCUGCGCCCCGAGCCGGAGCUGGACGCCCAAUGGGAUCUGUGGAAGAGGACGUACCGCAAGCAGUACAACGGCAAGGAGGACGAGGUGUCGCGGAGGCUGAUCUGGGAGAAAAACCUGAAGUACAUCCAGGCCCACAACGCGGAGCACGCGAUGGGAGCCCACACCUUCCAGCUGGCCAUGAACCACCUGGGGGACAUGACCAGCCAGGAGGUGGCCGCGCUCCUCACGGGGCUCAGUGUCCCCUAUGGGCACCCCCGGUCGGACUCUGGGUACGUGCGGCGCGGCGGAGCCCCGGACGCCGUGGAUUGGAGGGAGAAGGGCUGCGUCACGGAGGUGAAGAACCAGGGCGCCUGCGGGGCGUGCUGGGCCUUCAGCGCCGUGGGGGCCCUGGAGGCGCAGGUGAAGCUGAAGACGGGGAAGUUGGUGUCGCUGAGCGCCCAGAACCUGGUGGACUGCUCCAUGAUGUACGGCAACAAGGGCUGCGCUGGGGGCUUCAUGACCAACGCUUUCCAGUACAUCAUAGACAACGGCGGGAUCGACUCGGAUGAGUCCUACCCCUACAUGGCUCAGAACGGGACGUGCCACUACAACGUUUCCAUGCGGGCCGCCACGUGCUCCAAGUACGUGGAGCUCCCGUACGCGGACGAAGCCGCCCUGAAGGACGCCGUCGCCAACGUUGGACCCGUCUCCGUCGCCAUCGAUGCCACGCAGCCCACGUUCUUCCUGUACCGGUCGGGUGUGUACGACGACCCACGCUGCACCCAGGAGGUGAACCACGGCGUGCUCGUGGUCGGCUACGGCACCCUGAACGACAAGGACUUCUGGCUGGUGAAAAACAGCUGGGGCGAACACUUCGGCGAUGGGGGCUACAUCCGUAUGUUGAGGAACCACGCCAACCACUGCGGGAUCGCCAGCUACGCCUCCUACCCCCAGAUAUAGGAGGGGAUUUGGGGAGGGCUCCGUCCUCGGGGCCGGUGCCGCCGUGACACUUUUGCCAAUCGCCGAUCGCAGGACCCGGAUCCCGUCAAUGCAGGCGCAGCUCUUUGUGCGGGGCUGGGGGGAGGAUUUCAGGGGACGACUCCCGGUGACUGCUUCUUGGAGAAGAAAAAGGAGGUUUUAGGGUUUGUUUGGUUUUUUUUUCCCUUCCGGAGUAGAAGUGCAAUGCCAGCAGUUGUUAGAGCGGACAUCUCGACGCCUUCCUCUCCCCAGCUCGGCGCCGACCGCUGCGGCCGCGACACACGGGUGUGAUUUUUCUCUCUGUGCAAUGAUAUCUAUGAAAUCGCAGACUUUG